AACUCCAGACGCUGCGAGGUCAGUUGUACAAGCCUCUAGGAAAUUCAUCUCGUGGACGUGACGUUUAAGGACCACUGAAGCGAAAGCUCCCUCCAUGCCUUUCUGCUUUAAGCGGCGCGCCCCUUUGUGUCUUGUUUCAGAGGAAGCGCAGAGGAAUGUGUUACGUUAGGUGAAAUGCGGUGACACGAUUUCAGAAACUAACCGAGGACAUCGUUUGAAAGAUUGAUCUACAUGUGAUGCAAUCUGAAUGUGCACACGGCAAAGGACAAUUCUAUUCUACAGUCCAGCACCAAAAUACCAUUGGACCUCGGUCAUCAAGUCAGAUCGUCGCUGUUACACCCCUACCUUGGGUCCACUCUCACAAUGCAAUACAAAACAACAUGGUAGCCACUCAAUAUCCCGAGGCGCUUGGAGUGGCUUACAGGCCUGCUCGACUGCAGACAAGCUUUGCACAAUCCCAAAACAAUUUACAGGGACUCCAUCACCAACAGGAAUCCCAGGCAACAACAGUAAGCACUGGAUCUCAGCCCCCCACACUGGCAAAUACAAAAACUGCCUUAAAUUCAUCAGCACACGUCACUGUCGGGCACGGCGGUUAUUAUCGAACAUCAAUUCAUGGUUGUUCUGCAAGACAAUCUGUUAAUGAAAGUGAACAACGAAGGGAAUACUCAAAGGGACAAUUUAGUAGACUCUUUCUGAAUGGGUCAAAUUUGAACAAGACGACUGGACUGCAGCAAAGACAACAUUUGAAUUGUGAAUUUUCUGCUUGUGGCAAUUCUGCAGCACUUCAGGAAGACAGCCUUGAAGUAGCAAAGACACUGCCUAAAGUUCAAGGUUCUUCUGUGACUGCACAGGAAAGGUGUCCAAUGCUGUUGGAGACUGACAGGAGACUGACAGGAAACCUGAUCGAAUCCAAAUCCUUUUCCGCCUGUGGCUCUUCACCAGAGGAAAGUAAUGCUAACAUGGCACUCAACACCAAUUGUCAUGAUGCCGAGCAAGGACCCCAUGAAAGUGUUCAGGUUGACGGUUCACUAACUGCUCUAGACUGUGGACAGACUAGAACCCAAGCCCUACAUCAUUCCGAAGGCUCUUCUGUGCAGGUUUAUUCUGCCUCUCACAGGCUGCAGACAUCUAACGAGAGAUUUUUGCCAGUUGGAGAAACAAAACCACCUACAAAGAAAGAUAUACAUGCCCAUAUUAAAAAAAAGCUUGCACAUUAUUAUGACUAUUUAAUGCGGCAAAAACAAAAUAAGAACUACAAUAAGUUUGGCAGGGACUCCACGUUACUGUCAAUGCCAUCCCAUCCACACACAACCGCUGCUUCCAAGGAAGAUGUGGUGAUUCAUGACCACUAUAUCGCUAUUGGAGAGCCCUCUGUUGCAGUCGGGAAAGCACUUGAAGAGGAAGCUUCUAAGAGCAGCAAGCCAAAUGCUGCUUCGGAGAAACAUUCAACAGAAUAUCCACAAAUAAUGCAGACGGUUGCGUCCACAAUGAAUGAAACGGAGAGUCCAGGGGUUCCUACAGCGGUGCCUGGAAUGACCUGGAAGGACCAGAGGAAGAAGCGACCUGGUUUCAAGCUCAACUGCAACUUGUCACAUGAAGAAUCCAGGCUUUCGUGGUUAAAUGUCAACACAAAUUCAAAAGACAUGGAGAUAGGGCCUGGUGUUUUGUGGGGUAUCAACCACUGUACCGAGAGGGAGAAGGGAUCUGCAGCCCGAAACAAUGUGGAGACCGUAAGAUUGGACAAUACGCAGGAUAUUACUGAACAAAAAAAGUCAAGUUCAGAGUCCGGUCACGUAAGCCUCGAAUUGUCAUCACUCACUGAAUAUCAAAAUGAGAAAAAGGAGAUUAGCAAUGAGAAUUCGCAACAUCACAGAGUAAUCUCUAAGGAAGGAACUGCAAUUUCAAAUUCUUCGGUUUGUAAUCCUGCCAUUCCUAAUAUGCUAUCAAUUCCUACAAACCAAAGUGAAGAGCAGAGCAGCCAAACGAGGUGCGCAAGGGAGGACACUUCACAAGCAAUCUCAGGGAAAUCAGUACCCGUUAAGGAGCUCCAAAAACAUGCCCUGCUAUCUAAAGGAAUGGUUAAGAAAGCAGAUCCACUUUACGAAGACAUUUCCGAUGAUGGCAUGCCAGAUUUGACCACAGAACUACCAACCACAGAUCCUUUGGAAUUCAGCGCUCCUGCAUGUUUUGAUGACGCAAGCAAAGCAGAGAGUAAGGCUGUUGACACUGCUACGCCUACUCUUGUAGCUGCACCCAGCUUUGGACAUGGGCAGGGUCAUGCUCAGAUUGAAACACUUAUAGCACAACCAUGUUCUUGCUCAUUUUAUUUUGAAAGGAGGUACUGUCCUAAAUGUGAUGGUGGGACGCAAACUGUGUCCUCCGCUUCAUCGAGCCCGUCCUCUGUUUUGGAUAUUGAGGAUGAGACUGACGACGAAAUGGAUGAUGACCAUUUGGCCAUACCUAUAAGCAUAUUCGAUCUUAAAUAUGAACCAGAAGAUGAAAACCAGGAUAGCUCAGAAACAAAUGUCCCAGAAGUGGUGGAAACGGGAGCCUACGAAAGACCGAUGGGCACAAGUACAACACGCUGCCCAUCUCCAACUGCUUUUACGUUGGUGCCGGUGUUUGACACGCCGGAAUGCUUCUUGCAAGCUGUGCAAUGUGAGACUAUAUAUGAGAUGGCAUCAGGCAGUAUCCCUCUUGUACACGAAACUGACUCUGAGGGAGCUGUAUUGAUACCUGAGAAGAGAAGAGCGUCUGUAGACAGCUGUGACACUGAGGACAGUUGUGAUUACUCACCUGCAUCAGAACACAACUUUUUGACAGUUGCUAGGACAAUGGGCAAUAAGGUUACAAAUAUCCCAGAAGACCAACUGAGCUGUGCCAACAAGUUGCGCAAGAGGCUAAAACCAAGACGAACGUCAGAAGCAAAACACGGCAGCUCCAAGCACAGUUCAACUGUAGAUAGGGAGGACAUAAUAGUCUUGGAUUCUGACACUGAGGAUGAAAGCGUUCAAAUAUGUAAAAACAUUCGUGAAAGAAAGAGGAAACCAGGGUGCCCGCCAAGCUUAGAAGACAUUAGCGAUGCCUCAUGCAGUCAACCAAAGAGACAUUCGCCUGGAUCUGAAGCUCAAAAGAACAUGCAUCUAUCUGUUUGCUCACCAACAGCACCACGUCAAUCCAGAGAUGAUCCGGUGUGUGAAGAAGAGAUGCAGGAUGUUUGCUCAGACGCGUCACAGAGUGCAGGAAAGCGGGAGCAGUUGAUUCAAACCAAAGAUGUCGCUGUGCAUGUUCCACACAAGACCCACAUACCAAAGAGUUCCCCAGUAGAGGGCGUAAUAAUAAUCAUCGACUCGGAUGCAGAAGAUGACUAUCCCCAAAGCUGUGAAAAGUUGAGUAGGGCAAUCUCUGUGGUGUCAGCCAACGACAACACCCCAUGUGUUGGACCUGAAACUGCGUACAGAGGGUGUGGACCUGCUGAGGCAAAGCUCCAAGAAAUGGAACCUUCUUUGCCAGACUCGCCACAGCGCCAGUCUAACCUUCAAGACACACAUUUCCGAGGAGCAAUGCAGGGUGCGCCCUCCUACCAGCCUCCCAGCGAGCAGCUGGUCUCUGAGCAUGUACCACACCAGGCACACAAACAAUCGUCAAAAAGAGGGGUUGGUCAUCGUGCUUCUAAAGAAGUGGUUGAAAAAGGCAAUUCAACCAAAAAGGCAGUUUCAGAAGGAAUGACCUCAUCAGUAUCAGAGGGUAACCAUGAUGUUACACAAGGCAGCCCAGAUGAAUCUGCAGACCGUCUUUGUGGAACUGCAAAUGCCGGGCCUGUGGUCUCUCGCUUUUUAGCACAGCCUUCUGGAAAGAAAGGAUGCUUGAAACUUUUAAAAGAACUCGUAGUUCGCAAGCAGCACAGAGGUGAAUCUUCGUCAGUCCAGACCCCCACUUCACUAAAAGCCUUUAGUCUUCCAUUUAAUCCCAGAGAACAUUCGUUUCCACCUAAACCGCGAUGGCCUUACAGCAGCUCUGCGACAUUAGCCGAGCCCACAAAAGGCCCAGCACAGACCGUGCAGCUCAAUGCACCUGGCUAUGCAAAGGAACAAGUGAAUGGCUGUUCGCCAAACAGGAGGGACAGAAGAUGUAGCCUCGCAACAAAGGAUAUCAGAAGAAGGCCUGGUCUCCAUGACAAGGCUGGCAGGGAAAUGGCACCCAGAAAGCCACGCCAGUCCCACAAGGCUCCAACCAGCAUGAUGAAGAAAGCCACUAAUGAUGCCAUUCAGUGGACAAAGAACAGAAAACCGGUUUCCAAAAAAGAAAGAAGAAACUCUGUGGGUGAGGGUUACAAGUGGGCAGAGAAGUCAAACGUGGCAAAGUUAACAAAAGGUCCCAGCAGGGAGAGGAUGGGGAGAUGACCUCGACGACUGCAUCUGUGAGAAAACUUUUUCACUUCCAAAUUGAGAGCAGUUGCUGUUUAGGGGUUUUGAUUUUCAAAACCUUUUUCUGUGUUUUAACAGUUGUUUGUAUAUACCAACACAUACUGCAUAUUUGUUCUAUCAGCUGUUGUUGUUAAUGAAAAUGUUAUUUUUACCAGCUACCUCAGAAGAUGUACACAAUUAACUCUUAAGUUCUUAAAUUUAAUUUCUCUUGAUUUUUUUUUUUUAUAUCUAUAUACAAGUAUACAUUUUACUUAAUUUUUUUCAGCUCUGAUCCCAGUAUUCCUUUGGGCAAUGUUGUUUCCCUUUUUUUUUUUAAAGUCAAUGUGAAAAUGCAUAAAGUGUGAAAUUAAAAGUCUUGUGUGCUCUUUUACUUCACCAAUUAAGGGAAACAUUGUAAUAACCCUUGUUCCCCAUUAUGUCACGAGUUUAAAAUAAAAAAUUGACAGCUUUAUUUUAGAUAUCUACAAAUGCUUUAUUAAACCCUUCAAAUCAAGAACUCUACACAUGAAUAAAAACAAAGUAAUUGCAGAUACCCUGUCCUGUAAAGCGACUGAGUCUCUGAAAGCGCUAUAUAAAACCAAUGUAUUAUUAUCAUUAUUAGAUAUCUGGUGGAAAUUUGUGGAUUUCCUUGUGAGAAAUGUUGUGGAAGAUUUUCUCAUGCAAUCGGGAAUCAGUUGAAAAGUCUCCUGUCAAAGUUGCAUUUUCCGUUUAUUUCUUGCAAGGAAGAAGAGGUCUGCAACAG